CCGACGUGCGUGUCUCUUGUGCAACGAGGGAGUUGCCUCCUUCCGUAUCCGGUUGACGUCGACGGUGUAUCUUGCUCGACGCUCGACGAUGCAGCCCGUGUGCUUGAUCCGCCAAGGCGCGGAAGGCCUCGAGAUCGUGCCCGAGGGCGAAGCGCUGCUGCAGUCGCUGCAGCUGGAGCCGCUCGCGGUUGUGUGCCUUGCUGGCCAAUACCGCACGGGCAAGAGCUUCUUCUUGAACCAAAUGCGCCAAACGAGCGAGAUGGCCGGGUUCGUCGUGGGCCCUACGACCGAGUCGUGCACGCGUGGCAUCUGGAUCUGGGACGCCAACGUCCGCAACAGUCGCGGCGAGAAGGUACUUCUCAUGGACACGGAGGGCAUUGCGUCGACCGACAAUGACGAGUCGUACGACGCCAAGAUUUUCUCGCUCGGACUCCUCUUGAGCUCUGUCUUUGUCUUCAACACCAUGGGUGUCAUUGACGAAGGCGCGAUUGACCGCCUCUUCCUCGUCUCGGAGCUCACCAAGCACGUGUGCAUCUCGCACAAUCCGACCAAUGACGCCUCCAAGAUGCUCCACGACACUGACGAUGAUUUUGGCCCGUCCGAAGCCGAACUCGCCAAGCACUUUCCUCCGUUUGUUUGGCUCUUGCGCGACUUCCUUCUCGACAUGCAAGAGAACGGCGUCGCGCUCUCGCCCAAGACGUACCUCGAAAGGUCCCUCGAGCCGCGGGACGGCGCGUCGCGCCGCACGGACGAGCGCAACCGCAUCCGCGCUUCGAUCCGAACCCUCUUUGCGCAGCGCGAGUGCAUGACACUGGUGCGGCCGGCGACGAACGAAGACCAGCUCCGGCACGCGAGUACGCUCACGAACGCCGACCUCCGGCCCGAGUUUGUCUCGCAAAUGGCGGCCAUCCGAGCGCGGCUCUUGGCGCUCGCGUCGCCCAAACGACUUUGUGGCCAAGCGGUGGACGGGCCGCAGCUGUGCCACCUCGUACGUGCCUACAUCACCACGAUGAACUCGGGUGCCGUGCCCGACAUCAAGGCGGCAUGGGAGUAUGUGAGCGACGCGACGUGCGAGACGGCCAUGCAGCGCGCGCUCGACGAGUACCACUGCGUCAUGGCCAGUACACUGGGCGACAGCUUGCGUCAAGAACACUUCGAGUCGACGUUCAAGUUGGCCCAGGAGAAGGCGCUCUCUGUCUACAAGCGUAUCUCGGUCGAUGGCGACGCCCGCAAGCGAUGCUUUCAGAGCCUCAAGACAGCAAUCACGGCCGACCGCACGGCGCAAAUCGCGUCGCUGCAGGCAAAAUCCCGAGCGCUCUGCGAUGGCGUCCUGGCCUCUGCCGCCGCCACCCUGCUCGACGCCGAUGCAGGAGAUGCCACGACGACGUGGCGGUCCCGGUUAGCACCACUCUUGGCGGCGUACGAUGACCAGGCCGACGGCGCCGCCAAGAACAAGGCGCUGCUGGCCUUUCUCAAAGACGGUGUCUGGUCAUUUGUCGAUGCUGCGGCCGUGCGGCACGACGCUGCCCACGCCGCCACGCUGCAGGCGACGAUCGCCGCCGCCGAGAGCCGUGAGCGCGCGCUCGAGGCGACCCAGCGACAGCUCGAGACGCAGGUGCACACGCUGGAGCUUGACAACGUGCGCGCGACCAGCGCCGCCGCCAACGUGCAAGACAAGCUCGAGGCAUCGACCGCGAGCAAUGUGGAACUGCGCAGCGCGCUCGAGGCGACGCAGACGCAGGUCGAAGCGCUGUCGGCCAAAGAAGCGGCGCUCCGCGUCGAGCUGGAUGCGCUGCAGCAGACGCACACGGCAGUGAGCGUCGAGCUGGCGCAGCUGGGCGCGCAGUUGGCGCAGACCACGUCGGCACUUGACCAAGUGCAAGCCGACCGCGACAGCAUCCGAGAGGCCUUGAGCCAAGAGCUGAGCGACGAGCGCAAGGGCCGCACAAGUGAGCGUGAGGCGGCGAUAGCCGAGAUGGCCAAGCAGGCCGGCGAGCUGCACACGGCCCAGCGGGCGCUCAAGAACGCGGCGACCGAGCACGAGUCGCUCUCGCGGGACCUCUCGGUGCUACAGAAGGAGAAGGACAUGCUACGGCACAAGGUCGACCUCGUGACGUCCGCGCUAGCAACCGCGGAAGCGACGCUGACCGCCACGACCGCCGAACACGCUGACGCGGCGACAAUGUUGCAGCGGUACCAGAGGCGCGUCGAGCGGCUCGAGACGCAACUGGGCGACCUGGCCACCAACGGCCAGGUCGCGCUCGCGCUCGAGCAGGUGGUGUGGACGGUCGCCAAGCAGGCCGACAUUGACAAGGCGGUGCAAGUGGUGGCCGAAGAGAAGGCGGCGCUCGUCGAGCGACUGGGCGACCUGCACCUCAAGAUCUCGUCGCUGCCCGACUUUUACCAGCGCCAAGUGUUUUGCGCGGCCGAGCCUGCGCCCGACUUCUUUGAGGCGCUCACGUCCUUUCUCUCGUAAGCGAUGGAAGAAGACACGUUCUUGAUGUAGUCGCACGCUGUAUUGGGGUUGCGGGUAUAUAGAAAGCUGCUGGA